AUGCAGCAUUUAGAAGAGCGGAAGGUUGGCAAAUCCCAAAAAAUUUGUCUCAACGAUAACUCUUGGUGAAAAUUUGACUCAUUCUUAACAUGCUUUGGUAUAAUAUUUGUGUAAUAGAAAACCGGAACGGCAACUUUCUUUUCAGUGCAUUCACCGCGACCUUGCAGCGAGAAAUGUCUUUAUUGAUUCAAGCAAGGUGGCAAAAGUUGGAGACUUUGGAUUAGCAAGGAACAUCUCAGACGAUGGAUUAUACAUCAAAACUUCAUGUGUAAGUACUGGAUCACUCAUUAUUAAUCUUUCUUCUUGUGUUGAAAGCCGCAGGAAAUUUAAAUUUCUGUUUAAAUAUGACCACUCAUUUUUUCUCUGGGGCCGCAUAAGCUCACCUCAUGAAAACCCUGAAUUAAAUUUUUUUAUCUAUCAUAAACCACUUUUUUUCUGUCUGCACUCUUUCGCUAUAAAAAUAGUACAUGUAAGUAUCACUUUAGAAGGUCAGAACCUUGUCGUGGGCCAGAUUUAAUUAUUUCCUUCUAAAUUAGGCCAGCAUACGCUUUGUUUGGCAUGAUACCUUCUGUGCUUGUUCGUUAAAUAUUACGUAAUGAUACAAAACAGCUUUUUUUUUAAGCUACCUUUAUCAACAGGUUAAAAUUCCAUGGAGAUGGUCGUCUUUGGAAUCUCUUCGAGAUCGAGUUUAUACAUCCAAGAGCGAUGUGUAAGUAAACAAAAAGAAACAUACGAUGUCUUACAUGGAAGGGGUAACCUUGUCCACCAUCAAUAUGUUUGGUCAAGAUUGAGGCGCUAAAGGCCGCUGAGAUUUUUACGUACCGAGAAUAAUGUUGGAGAGGAGUUCCUCUUCUCCUUUUUUCCUUCCUUUGUAUUCCACUCGAUGUCCAUGUAUAUAUCUUGAACAAAUUGCCUCUUAAUAGUGUCCCUAGCCAGGUUAGAUCGCAUUAUCAGCAACCGGUAUCAUUCGGCGGCUUAUACCGUGAUAACUCACGACUCUGGUACACUUUCAACCUACAAUUGGGAGGCCGCUUGGAAUCUGAGAAUUCCUAAAAGUUAUAUAUAUAUAUAUAUAUAUAUAUAUAUAUAUAUAUAUAUAUAUAUAUAUAUAUAUAUAUAUAUAUAUAUAUAUAUAUAUAAAUAUUAUGAGAGGAAAAAACGACGCAACUACAUAUCCCGACAAGCCUGUUUCGUGAAUCGCUUCACUCUUCAGGGGUUUAAUGAAUUUUAAUGAAUUCAUUAAACCCCUGAAGAGUGAAGCGAUUCACGAAACAGGCUUGUCGGGAUAUGUAGUUGCGUCGUUUUUUCCUCUCAUAAUAUUUAUUCUGCUCUACUUCAACGUAUUGAGCACUGUUCCACGCGAAAAUCGACCUGCAGACUUCCUAUAUAUAUAUAAUUUUUAUGAUGAACUUUCACUUGUUGAAUUCUUACACUUAUUUUCAAAAAUUCCGCUAUUUCAUUUUCCGAAAACAGUAGAUACCCUUAACUGAACUUUUUUCUUAAUCAUUUUCAGUUGGUCGUUCGGCAUACUACUUUCGGAAAUAGCAACACAUGGUAGGUCUAUAAACGUUGGAUGAUUUCUAUGCCUAGGAGAGCUAUAUUAAAACUCUUUACCAUCUGGCGAAGUGGUCCUGAGGUAAAUUGGUAAAUUCAAGCGUUCAGUGAAUUCAGUAAAUUCGGCCAGCGGUCAUUAGUUCGGGUCGGGGUUUGUCCAUACUGACCGUUCCAAGAAAACGAUCAUACACUGCAUAUUUUCGUUGGCGAAAGUCGGCGAAUACAAUAUUAACAAGUUUGGUCCGAGUGACUCAUAAUAAACUACUUAUAUGACUAACCUCGCUUGCUCGAGUCUUACUGUGGAAUAUUGGACCUCGGUUGUUUUAGUGCGCACCUGGCUGCGCUCAGUCCGUACUGCCACAAUCUCGGCUCGGUUAGUAACACGUUAAUAAUCCAUUAAGUUUUUAAACUUAAAGCUAUUACCAUCGAGCAAACUUCGUUAUUUUUCUUUACAGGUGAGUUGCCAUACCCUGACAUCGAAUCACCACUUUCCCUGGUAAGUCGGCUCUCUACGGGUUAUCGGAUGCCUCGUCCUCACCAAUGUUCGGAAGAACUGUAAGUGUUUCGAUCAUUUGUAAGACCGUCUAUUUCUUACAUAUAUUUGCUUACAUGUUAACAGUCGACACUUUUUCCAUUAUUUAAGUAGCUUGAGGCAUUUGUCACGUGACUGGGUCAACGAAAUACUCUGCCUCCCGUAAGAUAAGGGAACUCUACCUAUUUGGGAUGUCGCUGUCAUGGAAGCUCCGUAUUUUGGUUGGGUGAAGAUUGAGUGAGCUAGGUGACUAAAGAGGUCUUCAAAAUUAAAGAAUGAUGCAAUGCAUUUGUAGGUAUACGUUAAUGAGCUCUUGUUGGAUCGAGAAUCCUUUGAUGAGACCUUCGUUUACUGACAUCGUGAAUCAGCUGGAAUACCUCUUAAGAGAAGUAAAGGUGAGUGAAACUGGAUUUAAGCCAUUCCCUACUGCUUCCUUCCUCAUUCAACUUUUCCAUUUUUCAAUUAAUUACACUUGAGUAGAUUACGCGGAAACAUUUUCAACCCCUCCAGUUUUCAAAUGCCGGAGAGACUUGCAUCUAACGAGGAGUCAUAUAAGUCCAAGGAAAUGGCAGCAAAAAUCGAAACUCGUAGUAAAUGGCUUAUUAAAAUUAAAAUAACAUCCAAAGGAAAAGUCGUGUGUAUUAGGUUUAAUUGGUCUUUCUUGGGUUCUGUUUUUCAUCUUUUCUCAUCCGCUCGCUUGUUCCUUUUGUCAUUAUUAUCCAUUAUCACUAUUAUCAUUACUGAGCUUCCUACGUGUAUCCAACCUGUCAUUUUUUCAUCGCUUUGAUUCUUCUGUUCCAGAGGACAUAUAUCAACAUCAUGGAGGAUGAAAUCACUAGCAGAGUUGAUUUGAAGUAGAAGUAAAAUGGGUAAAAAUCCAGCACCUAGCGCCAUACUGUGCUGUAUUUCAAAAUUGAGUAGUCCUGAAUUGAACGACCUGUUCAUCUUGUUACCAAUAAGCUAGGUGAAAAAGAAAGUCAUAGAAAUCUUAGUUGUUGUUAUGUUCGUGGGCUAAAGAAACUCAGUCCUUUUUUUUUUCCUUGGUAAUUUUCAUGGAAGUAGCUCCUGU